UGGCGCAGGUAACGCUGCUCUCGGCCCUCUCUCCCCGGAGCUGCGCAAACUCCACAGGGCCCCCUCCAAGAUGGCGGUUGUCGAAAUUACAAGACGAUAAGAAAGUAGUGAUGGAAUCGUUGGAUACGGGGUCUAAAGCAAAGAAAACUCUUGGAAACGUUGACUAUGUAGAGUCAUCAGAAUUUUCCCAAGGAAUUCUGCCUACAAAUAAGGAUGUCAUUCAGAACAUGUUGUAUCUGUUGCAACCCAAAAGAGCUGGGCAAGCACAACGGUCAAAAGAAGAUGCAGCCCAAUUGCUUGCUGAACUUCUGCAGGAACACUGGUUGUUUUGCAACUUACACACCAUAGCAACAGAAAAUAUAAAGAAGAAUAUUCUCAAAAUGUAUGAGGAAUUCACAAAACUCUAUCAAACCAGAAAGCAGAGACAAAAUCAGUCAUUUACAGAGAAGGCAGACAUAUUCAACAGGAGUUCAGAACAGCUCUUUGACAUAUUUUGUACAGACACCGUGAUAAGAAAUGAGCUGGAACAAUACAGUGGUAUAAAAAUGACAGACGUUGAGUGGAAAUUUCUUGAAAACCAAAGAAGUGAGAGAAAAAUGUACCAUAAAGAUUUCAUGGACAAGAAAGAAAUUAAGAUGAUAGAAAGAAGAAAACUACAGUGCCUGGAGCACUUGAGAAAAAUUGCAGAAAAAAAAGAGACAAGUGAAGUCAAAGAAGAGACUUACAAAACUGAUGAGAAGUCAGAUGACAGUAUGAGUGUAAAUAAAUCAUAUGUUGUAGAAGAGGAGGAGGAUGAAGGUGUUCCAGAUUUUUCAUCUAAGAGGAAAAGAAAGCGUCCAUAUUCUACGUGGACUGCCAGCUCAUCAACAUCAGCUGGUGAUAGUAUGCCUCUUGAAUGUCAACGUAUACGUAUGAGCAUCAGGAAAGUUAGGCCUGGGUUCUAUGAGACUGUUGACAAGUUUAAAAACUCCUAGUACACAUCGGUCUCAAGCUGAAGCUACUGUAGUAGAAGUUAGCAACAAGAUGUUUAGGAGAUCUUGAAAUAGCAUGAUCAUUUGGAAGUCACUGAUGUAGAUACUCUAACAACAUUCAGAAACAUCCACCUUGGAGGGAAGAGCAUUGAAGUAAUGAGAUUGGCAGAAACUGUAAAAGAUUAUGAACUCCAAAGGAAAAAGCAGUCAUUAACUAAUGAUAUGAAGGCUUAGAGAUAGAUGAUCUGGAGGUUAUGUAGCAGUACAAGUCUCUUCAUCUAAGGCCCUGUCUGUACUAGACUUUUUUGGAUGAAUGUUCACUAAGGAUACAGUUAAGAGUACCAAAUACUUUCACUUGUCAUCUAAGACAAUAUAUAAAAUCUUCAUUUCCAGAAGUGAAAGGCUAAAGUUUUAGCACGAUUCUCUGUUGUCCACAGAGAUAACGUAAUCGCGUUGCAAACAGAACAAGGAAUGGAAGAGUCGUUUCCAUUCUCAGAAGUGAUCUGAUUCAUAAACAGAAAACCUCCCAACUUUGAUUUUUGCAUGACCAUUUUUAAAAAACAGUGCAAAAAACGACUAUGUCUAGGGCCCUACCAAAUUCAUGGUCCAUUUGGGUCAAUUUCACAGUAAUAGGAUUUUUUAAAUAGUACAUUUCAUGAUUUCAGCUAUUUAAAUCUGAAAAUUCAUGGUGAUAGCAAUGGUGGGCCAAUAGUGUCAACAGGAUUCUAGUUGACUACUGGGAAGUAAUACAAUAUUGUUGAUAAAGCUAAUUUAAAGUGCAGAUGCUGAGCAGUCACAACUCCCAUUAAUUUCAGUGGGAAUUGAGGAUGUUUGGCACCUUUUAGAAUCGGGACUAAUAGUAAAACUAGCUAAUUACCUUUGUCCUUUGACUGCUUUGAAAUCCCACUCCCAGUGAGUACUUACUUAAAUUAGUAGUUUUAAUGUUGCAUUUCAAAUUCAUAUAGAAUAAAGAAGAACUGCUGGUAUUGUGAAGGAGGCAAUGGCCUUGCCUCUCAGGCUCAAGUAUAUGUAGCUACAUUAUCUCUCUCCCUCAAAGGAUGUAACUGUCUGCCUCUCUGAAUAAUAUACUUAGUCUCUUAUUGGUUACUCAGUUAACUUUCACAUAAAUAACUGAGGUCCCUUGAGGAUUUAUUCCAAAAUAUUAACCAAACUCAGUGCAGUAAAGAUCAUUAACAAAGUUUAAAAGGAAAUUGAAUUUAAUGAUUUGCGUGUCACAUUUCAACUUUCUUGCCUUCAAGACCUGAGAUAUAUUAGACCUUAAACCAGUCACUGGGCACUCACAGCAGCAGCACUGCUUGAGCACUGGUCUGGGACCGAAUUUGGCCAGUCUUAGAUCUUGGAACAGUAUGAUUUUCAAUCCCUGCUGUAAAACCCACUUCACACUACAAAUACAGCAAGUGAUGUAAACUGAAACGUAUUAAACAGAAACCCAGUGUGGUUUGAAUAUGGUUUUUAACACUGUUGAAUAGUGCUUUGAUAAUAUUCCCAGUUCGUAGAGGUUAAGGCUAGAAGGGACCAUUAGAUCAUCUAGUCCAGGGAACGGCAACCUUUGGCACGCAGCUCGCC